UAUCCGUCCCCGUCCACACAACACACGCGAGAGCGCGGAGCAUUAGCGAUAGUACUGCCUCUGCGUCCACCAAAUCCUAGUAGUAAUGGAGGCCACUCUUCUGAGCGUGGGCAAGACCGUGCUGAAUGGGGCUAUUGGCUACGCACGGUCCACCAUCGCCGAGGAGGUUGCUUUGCAGCUCGGAGUGCGGCGGGAUCAGGCCUUCAUCACCGAUGAGCUGGAGAUGAUGCAGGGUUUCCUUAUGGCCGGGAACGCCGAGGGAAACAACAGCGAGGUCGUCACGAUCUGGGUCAAGCAAGUCAGGGACGUGUCCUACGAGGUAGAGGACUGCCUCCUGGACUUCGCUGUCCGUCUAGAGAAGCAAUCUUGGUGGCGAAUCCCUCGCACGCUGCUGGAUCGGCGUCAUGUCGCCCAGCGGAUGCUGGAGCUCCGGGUGAAGGUUGAAGAAGUCAACAAGCGAAACUUGCGCUACAACCUCGUCAACGGCGCCUCUGGCUCCAAUCCCACCUCCGCCGCCGCCAACAGGCCGAUGUUUGGCGUUGACGAGUCAAGGCGUGUCGCUAUGCUCGACAAGGCAAAUGCGAAUCUGGUCAAACUCAUCAACAAGAAGGAUCAUGACCUUAGAGUGAUCGCAUUGUGGGGAACCGGCGGUGAUCUCGGUCUGGUGUCCAUCAUCAGAGCAUCCUACGAGGAUACGGAUCUCAAACUGAAGUUCCCAUGUCGAGCAUGGGUCAGGGUGAUGCAUCCUUUCAGUCCAAAGCAAUUUGUGCAGACAUUACUCAGGCAGUUCCGCACAGCCGUCCUAGGUGUUGACGUUCUGCUGGAGACGGAGAAGACAGGGCAAGAUUUGGCUCAGGAGUUCAAAAGAUACAGUAUGUCAAUGAAAAGAGUUACCUGAUUGUGCUGACUGACUUGUCUACCGUUGAAGACUGGGACCAAAUUAAAGCAUGUUUCCCAAACAACAAGAAAGGAAGCCGGAUAAUUGUGUCUACAGUGCACGCUGAGGUUGCAAGCUUAUGUGUAGGGCAAAGAAGCAU